AUGGAUAAUUUAAUACAAAUAAAUAAUAAUAAUUUCAUUAAUUUCAAUAGUAAUAAAUAUAACACAGUAAAGUUAACAGAUGUACUUAAAAAUAUAUUUCAAAAUAAUAAAGGAAAUACAAUAACAGAAGAAACUUUGUUAAGUUUAUACUAUAUAUUUGACCAAUCUAUAAUAGCAUCGUUGGAAAUUUUAGAUAAAGAAUUAAUAAGGAAAUAUAAAUUUUUACCUUCUGAAAGAAGUUUUUAUGUAAUCGAAGGUAGAAAAGGCUCAAAACAUAUGUGUUUAAUUGAUGGCGAUUAUUGCAGUUGUCCAUCAUUUAACUUUGUUGUACUUUUAAAAUCAGAAUCUGUAUAUGCAACAGAGAUUAUGUCAAAUGUAAAGAUUGAAGAAUUUGAUGAUUCUGAAUAUCAAAACAAGGUAAAAGAAAUCGAAGAAGCCUCAUUGAAAACACCAACUCACAGAAAAGGAAAAAAUUAA